GGCAGACUCACCGCCUAUUAACGCGCCAGACGCGUCUUUGUACUCUUCGGCUAUGGAGUAACAUUCACGAAGAAUAAUAUAGCAAAUACAUUGUUGGAGAUCAAUUCCAGAAUCAUGAAAGGGAAAACACGACUCUAUGACUAGGCACAAUUUGGAAGUUCAUCUCAAAUGGCUGUUGGCUCAAGGCCCAUCUCUCUACCCCUCUUUAUCACCAUCCGCUCGCCAGAAUCGCAGUUCCAUCAAAGAAAGUCUCUCUCAAAACCCACCAAUUCCAACACUGCGUGCGCCAGGUAGCCAAGUUUUGGAAAUCGCGGGAGACUCUCAACAUACUCAUGAGAAUUCCGUCGGCAAUGUGGGCGAUAAUACUGAAGUAAAAUCGGACGCAGACAUGGCACGGUUGCUAUUUGCUCCGCAAUCUGCGAACAAACCUCGAUUAUUCAGUUGUUCUACAGACGCUGUUCCUAGGUCACCGAGAGAGUCGGAAGAUUGCACACAUGAUCAAUCGCCUACGCGGCAACGGAGGGUGCUGAAGAGCCCGACAAUAAAGAGUAUCCAAAACAAUACCUAUUCGUCAAUCCACGGGGUUACAAAGGCGGCAGCGACGCCUUUCCGAUCAAGCAUUUCAUUCGACCUCAACACUGCGGCACUCGAUAUUGAUACCAUUGAUCUGACGGGUGAUUUAAACCAAACUACAGGGUCGUCAGCCACGGUGGACGAAUAUGGGGAACCGCACCGGCUGUGGACCGAACAAGCUGCCUAUCGAAAAGAGCCGACAGAGAAACGGGGCAAGAAGCGUAAAAGCGAGGAGUAUGCCUCUGACCUAGUUUCGCCAAGGAAGAAUGCCCCCAAGGUUCGCUCACCCUUGGCGAAAGGGAACCCUACAGAUGCUACUCAACCUGAAUUGUCAGAAGCAUCGAAUGGUCCACCACCGCGCCUGAGAAAAACCCAUAUUACAACCUCACCAACAAAACGACCUAUUUGCGAGGUCUCUCGCUCCCACUCUCGUGUGUUGGAUCAAGUCAUAGCUGACUCCGACGAAGACGGCGACGAAACCGUUUUUGACGAUAUUAUAGGUGACAACGAUGCGCCUAUAUUAGAUACUGAUGAGUCGUUGUAUCCUGUUCUUCCACAAGAUACCACUUCAGAAGAUCAAAAAAGGAAAAGGGCUAUAAAGCAAGCAACGCGUAAUCGGCCAUCCUCACCUGAUGAUAUGGAACUUACUCCAUCCAUUCCUGAACAUUCGGCCAGCGUGGAACUUACGAGAUCUGAAGAUUCUGGCUUGGCUUGUGCUUUUGGACCACCAGGGUCUCAGCCAAAGAACGACGAUGUUGCGAAGUUUUUGGCUCUUCCCGCCAGUUUUCUCGAUCAACGGAUAUCGGAAUUCAACGACACUUUGAGGAAGAAUUCAGAGAUUGUUUUUGAACAAGCCAUGAAAGGGGAACCUGCUCCUGGAUUGAUCGCCGAGAACAAGAAUAUCACAGCUCAAAUAGAAGCAAUAAAGUCUCUAAAGAAGAAGAAAGGUGCCUACCGCGCCUGUGUAUCUACGAGAGAGGAACUAAAGAAAGCGCUCAUGCGAGUUAUCUCUCAAGGCGGUAGCCCGAACACAAUGCCAAAGGAGCUCGAACAAAGCCGAAAAGCCACAUCGCAAUUAGAACAGAUUGAGUCCGAUAUACAACGUCUGCUUAUGAAGACUGAUGUUUUAGCAGCCUCCAUCUCUUCCAACAAGGGGGCAUCUCGGCAGAGCUCAGAGCGGCUGCACCCAUCCCCUCAGUCAUCUAAAAAGCGGAACAGUAAUGAACCUGUCCUUCCCGAAAAUGAGAUUAUUGGCGGUGCACCUCCCAGACUCCCUUCAUGGUCGACCUGCCGCACCCCCCAAACUGAUGUCCCAACACGUGCGAACAACCCACUCUCUACAAGUGCUGUCUCUUGGCCCCAAAACUUUGACUAUGAUGAGCCAAUGAUCAGUGAUGAUGAUAACCAUUUUACUCGUACCAUGGGAUCUGCACCUCCCGCAAAACAUAUCGACGAAUUUGACUUAGACGCUGAUGAAGAAAAAAUGCUUGAAGCCGCAGGGUAUCUCGACGAUGGCUGCUCUGUUCCAGCGAGUAAUAAUGGUCUCCAAUCCCGUCAAGUGUUUGCCGAAACCUCUGGAAACGUGUCUCGCACUCCUGUUGCCCAGAAGUCGCAAAGCCAUAAUGCCCUAUGGCACCAACACCCAUGGUCCAAGGAUGUAAAGAGUGUUUUAAAGGAUAGAUUCCAUCUCAGAGGAUUUCGCCUUAACCAACUCGAAGCCAUCGACGCAACGCUGAGCGGGAAGGAUACAUUUGUUCUGAUGCCGACAGGUGGCGGGAAGUCAUUGUGUUAUCAACUUCCAUCUAUUGUAACGAGUGGAACAACCAGAGGCGUUACAAUAGUGAUAUCACCAUUAUUGAGCUUAAUGCAGGAUCAAGUAUCCCAUUUACGUCAGCUUGACAUAAAAGCAUAUUUGCUGAAUGGUGAGACCCAGAAGACCGAACGACAAUGGAUAAUGAGUACAUUAUCCAGUUACUCUGCGGAAGAUGAUAUCGAGUUGUUGUACAUCACGCCCGAGAUGGUCAAUAAAAAUCAAGCUCUCAUCCGUAAUCUGGAAAGACUCAACAAUAGGCAUCGACUGGCACGUAUCGUGAUAGAUGAGGCUCAUUGUGUGAGUCAAUGGGGUCACGAUUUUCGGCCUGAUUAUAAGGAACUGGGGGAGCUCAGGGCUCAGAUACCCGGUGUCCCAAUGAUGGCGUUAACAGCAACUGCUACGGAGAAUGUGAAAGUGGAUGUCAUCCAUAACCUUAAAAUGGCGGGUUGCGAGAUAUUCACCCAGAGCUUUAACAGACCAAACUUGACAUAUGAGGUGCGGCCAAAGAAAAAGGGCAACGAGCUCCUGGCUAGUAUUGCUGAUACGAUCAAAUCAUCUUAUCACAACAAAUCUGGUAUUGUUUAUUGCCUAUCUCGCGAUACAUGCCAAAAGGUCGCCAAAAGUCUUCGGGAAGACUACCGCAUAAAGGCUGAGCACUAUCAUGCUGGUAUGAAACCGAACGAGCGAGCCGAAGUCCAACAGCGCUGGCAGGCUGGGAGGAGCCAUGUUAUAGUAGCGACCAUCGCUUUCGGCAUGGGUAUUGAUAAACCGGAUGUACGCUUCGUGAUCCACCACAGCCUCCCAAAGAGUUUAGAAGGCUAUUACCAGGAAACUGGACGAGCUGGUCGAGACGGAAAGCGCUCGGGCUGUUAUUUGUACUACUGCUACAGGGAUACGAUGACUAUCAAUCGCAUGAUUGAUAGCAACGAUGGUAGUAAGCAACAGAAAAACCGCCAGCGUCAAAUGCUUCGCAAUGUUGUACAAUUCUGUGAAAACAAAAGUGACUGUCGACGAGUUCAAAUCCUCGCAUAUUUCAACGAGUACUUCAAUCGAGAGGACUGCAACGCUUCCUGUGACAACUGCAAGUCAGACUCUGUCUUUGAGCUCCGCGACUUUUCUGAACAUGCUGCCUCUGUAAUCAAGGUCGUUCGGCACUUUGGAGAAUUGGGCGAAAAGGUGACAUUAUCAUACUGCGUGAACAUAUUCCGUGGAAGCGUCAAAAAAUUUAGGUCUCCUCAGCAUAGGCAGGCCCCGGGGUAUGGAGCAGGCUCAUCUUUAGAGAUGGGGGAAGCGGAAAGGCUCUUCUAUCAUCUUCUUAGCGAAGGAGCAUUAUUCGAAGAAAAUGUGGUCAACGGCAGCAAAUUUGCCGUCCAGUACAUUAAGCUUGGACGUCGUGCUUCCGAUUAUGAAAGUGGUCAGCGCAAGUUGCAGCUUCAGGUUAGAGUUUCACCAAACGGAAAAAGUCGAUCUUCUCGAGGUGAAUCUCGGAAAGAGUAUCAGCCGCAAUCUACAAACGUCUCGUCGCCUGUUCAAGUGGCAAACCAGCGCAGAUUAGCUCGCUACCGUUACGACGCAAGCUCCGAUAGUGAUAAAGACAGUGAUGGCUUCGAGCGGAUCCGGAUAGCGGGCAAGCCACAGAAUGAGAAACCGUUUACUCCCGGCCCACCAAUUACCCAGGACUACAGAUUUGACCGACUUGAUCCUCUCCAUAAAGCUGUAGCGGAGGACUUUAUGGUCUAUGCAAAGAACUACUGUCAGGAUAUUGUACUCAAGAAAGGCCUUCGUAACCAGCCAUUUACAGAUGGCGUUCUUCGGGAGAUGGUCAUAUUCUUCCCCAAAGACCUGUCGGAGCUUUCCAAAAUUCCAGGCAUAGAUCAAGACAAGGUAAACCGGUACGGCACUCAGAUACUAAAGCUUGUACGAGAUACGCAACGCCGUUAUGCGGAAUUGAAGAAGGACCGUGAUGAUGCCGAUGGCGUUGUUCCAGACCCCAAUCAUCACAAUGUUAUCAACCUCACUAGUGACAGUGAAGAGUAUGAUGAUGGCGAUAUCUUGGAUGAUGCGUCAAACCUAGGUCUAGAUAACAAUGUUAUUGCUAGUCGGUUCUUUACAACUGAACCAAUCCCAGAAGAUGACUCGUCCGACGGCCCUGUCAGGCCUAGCAGCUCCAAACCUCGAAAGCGUCAAGCUAGCAAACGUACUCGUCGAGCGAGCGCUGGCGGUGUCAAAGCCCGGAACAAGACCGCAAGACCCAAAAAGAAGAAUAGCAACCGUGCUGACAGCUGUCCUCCCCGGAAAACUCCAAAAGUGAAAGAAUCCACCGCCCGCAUAGGGAUGAUGCCUAUCUAGCACUCUUUAUAUAUCAGCUUGCAUGUUCUUAUGAUGUCAAUGGCAUAAACGGGAGUGAGGGCAUAUUCUCCUUAAUGGUCUGCUCUAUCAGGUGCAUUUAAUGGCGUUGAAUUGGAAUUCUAACUUUUUUGUUUGUAUUAUGAGGAAAUGACGAAGUGAUUGAGUGCUGCACUGCUUGUAUCGGACCCACACGAUCGGAUUUGUUCUUU